UUCUGUUUAACAAAACAAAAAAUACGUGGACAGAGCUCUGGAAAAUCGCAAGCGUUUUGCAAACGAAUAUAGAGCGUGAGUGCGCAAAGCAAAGUUGCAGUACUUACCAUUAACAUUAACAUUUUUGUUUUCCUUUGGAUUAUUUGGAUUGAAAAGCACAACACAGUCACGCAGUUCACACAGAUUCUGUGAUUAUCAACUCUCAAAUUCAUCAAAGCGCGAUCGUUUCAUUUCUAUUCUCACCACCUCCGACAUCACAUGGCUAACUCUGGAAAUUCUCAAGAGGCAGUGCCACCAGUUGAAGGUGUUGCUGGAGGCGGUACGGCUUAUGGGUGGAAUGAUGGGGGCACAGCUGGUUUGAGUAAUCUCAAGGGAGCAAUUGAUCCGACCGAAAUUCCAACUAAGGAUUUGGUGAAUGUCUGGUGCAUGCCAAGCACAGCAAAUGUUGGACCUCAAGAUAUGCCCAGACAUUUAGAGCCUACAAACCUGCUGGCAGCUAGAAAUGAAAGGGAGAGUGUUCAGAUAGCUAUCCGACCAAAGGUUUCGUGGGCUGGUUCUGGUGUUGCAGGGGCUGUGCAGGUUCAAUGUAGUGACCUAUGCUCCACUUCUGGAGACAGAUUGAUUGUUGGGCAGUCAAUACAGUUGAGGCGGGUGGUACCCAUAUUAGGUGUACCAGAUGCUCUUGUGCCCCUUGAUCUUCCAGUUAGUCAAAUAAACCUAUUUCCAGGAGAGACUGCUGCACUUUGGAUAUCUAUUGAUGUUCCUAGUGCCCAACCUCCUGGACAAUAUGAAGGAGAGGUUAUCAUUACUGCUCUAAAGGCAGAUGCUGAAUCUUCUGGUCAAAGUUUAAGCAAGGCUGAGAAACAUCAGUUGUAUAGGGAGCUUAAGGACUGCCUUGAAAUGGUAGAUCCCAUUGACGGAAAACCAUUAGAUGAAGUGGUUGGAAGGAUGAAAUCUGCAACUACAACUCUAAGAAGGAUUCUGUUGUCGCCAUCAUUUUCUGAAUUCACUUCAGAUAACGGAGCAGUAGAUAAAAUGGAGGAGGAUGCCAUUUCAAGCCUUUCUGUACGGGUGAAGUUGAAUCUGACUGUUUGGGAAUUUGUACUUCCAGAAACUCCUUCGCUCCCUGCUGUCUUUGGUAUAUCGGAUACCGUAAUUGAGGAUCGGUUUGGUGUUCAACAUGGGACAGCUGAGUGGUAUGAGGAACUGGAUCAGCAUUUCAAAUGGCUUCUUCAAUAUAGAAUUAGCCCUUAUUUUUGCAAAUGGGCUGAUGGUAUGCGUGUUUUGACAUAUACAUGUCCAUGGCCAGCGGAUCAUCCAAAAUCAGAUGAAUAUUUUUCAGACCCACGGUUGGCAGCAUACGCUGUGCCUUACAGUAAAGUAAUCUCCAGUAACGUUGUAGAGAAGGAUUACUUGCAGAAACAGGUUGAGAUAUUGAGAACGAAGUCUCACUGGAGAAAAGCUUACUUUUACUUGAGAGGCGAGCCUCUAAAUUUCGAACAAUAUGAUUCUCUUCGCAACAUGGCCAGUGCGAUUCAUGCUUACGCUCCAGAUGCUCGUAUUUUAACUACUUAUUAUACUGGUAUUGCUUCUACUCCUCUUGCACCUACCCCAUUUGAGGCUUUUGUCAAAGUUCCUAGUUUCCUGCGUCCUCAUACUCAAAUUUAUUGUACAAGUGAAUGGGUCCUGGGCAAUCGUGAGGACCUAGUGAAGGAUAUUAUUGCUGAACUACAGCCAGAGAAUGGUGAGGAAUGGUGGACAUAUGUCUGCAUGGGGCCAUCAGAUCCUCAUCCAAAUUGGCACCUUGGGAUGCGUGGUACUCAACACCGUGCUGUCAUGUGGCGUGUGUGGAAGGAGGGUGGCACCGGGUUUUUAUACUGGGGUGCCAACUGCUAUGAGAAGGCAACUGCAGCCAGUGCAGAGAUAAGAUUCAGGCAUGGCCUUCCUCCUGGGGAUGGAGUUUUAUACUACCCUGGUGAGGUUUUCUCAAAAUCUCAUCAACCAGUGGCUUCUCUUAGGCUAGAGCGCCUGCUUAGUGGCUUGCAGGACUUUGAAUACCUGAAACUAUAUGCUUCGAAGUAUGGUCGAGAAGAAAGUAUUUCGCUCUUGGAGAGGACAGGAGUGUACUUUGGUCCUGAGCGUUACACGGUUGAGCACAUGCCGGUAGAUGUAAUGAGAGGACAAAUUUUUAAUGCUUGCCGUUCAUAAAUUAUGUUAUGAUGGUCGGAUGGUGUAUGGUUCCAGUCCAACGCUGAAAAUUUCAAGGCGUAUCUAGCUUUUGAAGAUUCUCACUUGGCAUGGUGCUGCAAUGUCAUCUCAAUAUACUGUGGAUAUAUUUUCUACAUUGUAAUUCCUUUUCCUUAAUAGACCGCAUAAUUGGAACUUUGUUCAGUCGGAUUGUGAUUCUGAUAUAAAUUUGAGAAUGGAACGUAGUUAUGAUA